AUGUUGAGGUCAAUUCUUGUGACGACGCUGCUCUUUGCAAGCACUGUCCUUGGGCAGAUUGAUAUCCAAUUGCAAGCCAAUUGGGAGAAUCCUCCAUUUACACUGAGAUUAUUAGAAACAAUCACUUCAGAGAAUGAAUCUUAUUACUUACAAGCAUUAUCCAAAAUUUCAUCCAUAAGUCUCGAUGAAGAAGAUUCAGAGUUACAAGAAGACUUAAACGAUGAAGAUCUAUACAAUUCAUUAUUUGAUCUCUUGACUCCAACUGAACGUUCAUUAUACAACAUCCCAUUGGCAAACAAAUACUAUUCACCAAGAAUUAUUACCCAUUAUAAAUAUUAUAAUGAGACUGUCCUACCAGAGUUUGAAUCAAAAUUACAAAAAAAAUGUGGGGCUGUUCCUAAAACUUGGGUACAAUUCAAUGACGUGGUUUAUUGUAAACCAGAUGAUGUAUUCGCCUUGAUGACUGAUGGAGGAUCUGAUGAAAGUGAAUCAUUAUUACCAUUUGAUAGAAUAAUUGGGGAUUCCGGACCACUUCUAGUAUUAUAUGGUGAUGUAAAUGAUUCUGAGUUCAAGCCAUUCAUUUCAAACCUUUAUGAUAGUGCGAAAUAUGGUAAACUUCGUUUUGUUUGGAGAUAUGUUCCUCAAAAUGUUGAUCAAAGAGAGCAAUUGGCUGGUUAUGGUGUUGAUCUAACUUUGAAAAGAACUGAUUAUAUUGUUAUUGAUGAUAGAGAUGCUGAAAUCAACCAAAAAAAUAAAUUAAAGCAACAACAAGUUUUAAAAGAUCAAGAUACACCAAGCUCAUUUUUGGAUAUUUAUCAACAGGAUAUCCCAGCUGUGAGCAAAGAGGCUUUAAAAGAUUUGGAUUUGAAAAUUGCAAGUUUUGCAGUUGCCUCCAAGAAUAGUUCAGAAAAUUAUGAAAAUUUGGUAAAAGCUGUUCAAGAUCUUCCAAAAUAUAGCUCAUAUCUUUCAGAACUUGAAAUCAACGAAGAUCUUAUCGAACAAGCUGAAUUUAAUGAAAAAAUAGGCUUAACUUCAGAUUCAUCAGCCAUUUUCAUCAAUGGGCUACCAGUUGAUGAUGCAGAUCUUAAUGUUUUUGGAUUAUACAAAACUGUCAAAAGAGAACUCAACUUUGUCAAACAAUUGAACGAUGUUGGUAUUGAUUCAAACACUGCAAAAACUGUAUUGGGUAAAUUUGCACUUUUGUCAAUUUCCAAAAAUAGAAGAGGUUCAAAGACAAGAUAUGAUAUAGAGGCUGGUGAAAAUAAUCCUGUUAUUUUUUUCAACGAUAUUGAGAAUGAUCCAAUCUAUACACAUCUAUUGGAUGAUUUGAGCGUAUACCUUGAAAGACAACAGUUUGGUCAAAUCCCAUUAUAUAGAGGAAAUGUUCAUGAUGUUGUAUUUGCUAUUAAUUUUGGUGAUGAUGAUCAAUACAAAAUCUUGAAAAGAUUAUCACAAGCUAUUUUACAACGUGGUAUCCCACAAAGAAUUGGUAUUAUCCCAUUAGUCAAUUCAGAAGAGGAUGCUAUCCAUGCUAAUAACAUUUACUACCUAUUGGAAAACGGUGGAUUGAAAAAAGUUUUAAAGUAUGUGAAUAAGAUUGGUACCGGGUCACCUAAGAGAUUAACUGAUGGUGAUUUUGUUUCAAAAUAUGUUGACCCAUUCGUUUCAAGCUUUGAUGUUCAAAAUCCUUCUAUCGUUGUUAACGGUGUAUUUUUCAACUUGGAUGAUAAUUGGCCAUACGCUUUAACAAGACAAGUCACUGAAGAUGUUAAUUUGAUUGCCACAUUAGUCUACACUAAUACAAUUAAGGAAUCUGAUUCAGUUAAAGAAAAAGCAUUUGAAGGUGCUGCUACUUUUAGAAAUACCAUUGUUGUACCAGAAAAUAGAGCUGAUAUUCAAUAUAAAGCCAUAACUCCACAAUUCCAAGAAGCCAUGAAAAGUUCUUCGAAUUAUAUUUUUGAAUUCUCUAACUCUAAACGUGCCAAACCUGUUCAAACAUUAACAUUUGGUGGUAACUUGGGAUCUAAGAUUGGGCUUCAACAAUUAGUUGAAAUCUUGAAGUUUGCAUUUGCUGCAAAUUAUGAUAUGAAGAUUAGAGUUAUCAAUAAUUCAGACGAAGCUACUUUUAUUGGGAAAAUUAGACAGGCUUUGAAUAGAUCUAUCGAUCAUGCUAUUGAUGUUAUCCAAGAGAUUAUCGAAGAACAUGAAUUCACUGAAACUGAUGAAAAUCAAGGAAUCAAAGAUUUGUUGAAACUAGCUGAUAUUGAAUCCACUAAAUUCUUGUUAUUAAAUGGUCGUUACAUUGAAUUGAAAGAUGAGCUACUCAAAAGUGAUGCUCUAGAAUAUCUAUCUAACUAUGAAUUUGAAAUGAGGUUGGAAUUAGUUGGUAAAGUUAUCAAAAACCACGGAAUCCCAGAGCAUGGUGAAUAUCAUGAUUGGUUCGAGUCAUUCUCAUCGAUUUUAACAAAGACUUUUUACAUUGGUACUGACUUAUUCACUCCUGCUCCACUUCCAAGAUUUGAUUUCGGUGCUAUAAAGAAGGAUUAUGCUAUUUCAUUCGGUGAUCAAGGUCAAAGUGAUCUUCAUGUAUUGUUGGUUAUUGAUCCAGUUGAAGAAAUUUCUCAAAAGUUGUUAUUUUUAAUCCAAUCAAUUAAAGAUCUUUCAUUUGUGUCUCUUGAUAUUUUGAUCCAACCUCAAAAAGAUCUUGAAUCACUUCCAAUUAAAAGAUUUUUCAGAGGUAACUAUAAAUCAGGUGUUGAAUUUAAAGAUGGUAAAGUUUUUGAAUCCCCAUUUGUUUCAUUUGAUAAAGCACCUGAAAAGACACUGUUUACGUUGGAUUUGGAUGUUCCUUCUUCAUGGAUUGUUGUUCCAAAAGAAAGUAUUAGUGAUUUAGAUAACGUUUUGUUAGACCAAUCAGGUCCAGUUACUGGUAUUUAUGAAUUGGAAAAUAUUGCAGUGGAAGGUAAUUCUUUUGAUAUCAAUACUCGUGAACCACCAACUGGGUUAUCUGUUCAAAUUAAAGGAUCAGAUACCAAUGUUAUGACCAACUAUGGUUAUUUACAAUUGAAAGGUAAUCCUGGUUUAUGGGACUUUGAAAUCAAACAAGGGAAAUCGAGUGAAAUUUAUUCAUUAUUAAGUAUUGAUGAUUUCGAAAGUGAAGAAUUGGAAAAACACGACAAGAUACAGUUCAGUGUUUUGAAUCUUGAUGGUGUUAGAAUUUUCCCAAGGGUUAUGAAGAACCCAGGUAAAGAAAAUGAGUCCUUGGUGCUAUCUGAUAGCUCAAUCUCUACACAAGUUGAAAAACAAGAAGAAGAAAAUAAACCAGGGUUCCUCCAAAAAUUAUUCCAAAAGAAAACAAAGAAACAAGCUGAUAUUAAUAUCUUCACUAUUGCUAGUGGUCACUUAUAUGAAAGAUUCCUAAGUAUAAUGACUGCAUCAGUGAUGCGCCACACUAAACAUACUGUUAAGUUUUGGUUAAUUGAAAAUUAUAUGUCACCAAGUUUCAAGAAAUUUUUGCCUCAUUUAGCCAAAAAAUAUGGAUUUGAGUAUGAAUUGAUUACUUAUAAAUGGCCAUCCUGGUUGAGAGGACAAAGAGAAAAACAAAGAACAAUCUGGGGUUAUAAAAUUUUAUUUUUGGAUGUUUUAUUCCCACAAGAUUUAGAUAAAGUUAUUUUUGUUGAUGCUGAUCAAAUUGUUCGUACAGAUUUGAAAGAACUUGUUGACAUGGAUCUUGAAGGUGCUCCAUAUGGGUACACUCCAAUGGGUGACUCUAGAGAGGAAAUGGAAGGUUUUAGAUUCUGGAAACAAGGGUAUUGGGCCAAAUUUUUAGGUGAUGAAAUGAAGUAUCAUAUUAGUGCGCUUUAUGUUGUUGAUUUGAAAAGAUUCAGAGAAAUUGCAGCUGGUGAUAUGCUAAGACAACAUUAUCAAGCCUUAUCAAAAGAUCCAAACUCAUUAUCAAAUUUGGAUCAAGAUUUACCAAACAAUUUACAAACUAGGUUGAAGAUUUUUUCAUUGCCGCAAGAUUGGUUAUGGUGUGAAACAUGGUGUGAUGAUGAGAGUUUGAAAACCGCAAAGACAAUUGAUCUUUGUAACAAUCCAUUAACCAAGGAGCCAAAAUUAGACAGAGCACGUCGUCAAAUACCAGAAUGGACAAAAUACGACAAUGAGAUUGCAGCUUUAAGAGAUCAAGUUAGAAAAUUGGAACAUAUUUAUGAGGAAACCACAGAGUCCUAUGAUGAAAGUACGUCGACUGGAGUGCCAGAAUCUGAAAACACAGUUCACGAUGAAUUGUGA